AUGGAUUUUGCAAAGAAAGAAGAGACCAUUCCGGCCACCAUGCGAUAUUUGAUUGUGCUUGCCUCCUUUCUCAGCCUUCCUGUUUUUGUUGCAGAGCAAAGGUUACUGGAGAAGAAAUACAUACUUUGCUCUUUUGCAGGGUACACCGUAGGGCCCUUUCUUGCACUGAUUCCUCUUGGAUAUAAGGCGCGCUGCAUGCUUGGCAGUGCGUGCAGUGCUCUUCCUUUGUUUUUUUCGUUUGCUCCUUAUCUGCAUGCCUUUUUACUUGGCCUUAUCUCUUCAUACUAUCGCCUUGUUAUUGAUUUGUUCUGCCAGGCGCUGUGUGUUAAAACAAAAAAGAAACAGGUUGUUAUCAUGACUAACCUGAUCGGUGCAUGGAUUUCUUUUUUUACGUUCUUUUCUCUUCGGUUCUAUCCUGUGAUUUCCUUUUUUAUUUGCACUCGCUUCUGCACUGUUCUUUUCGCAUGCGCAGGCACUGUUUUGUCGUACAUUUUUAUUAUUGAAACCCCCGAGGAGAUAUUCAAGCGGUAUAGAGCAGCAGAGAAAAAAAGCGCUGCAUACGAAGAUCUAUAUAAGUGCAUUAUGUAUAUCAAUAGCUCGCAACAGAUAAAUAUGGAGGACUUCCAGAAGGACUACAGAGAAUAUCUGAACGAGAAAACACAACCCAACGAUAACUCUACGCUGCGCGAAAGAGCAACUGCUAUUCUUGCUGCUGUCAAUAUUUCCUUUAUAUACAUAGCCUUUCAGCGGGCUGCAGGCGUGCAGAACAAAUAUUCACUCUAUCGAAUAUUUUUAGGCUGCAUGCAGCUGUUUACGUGGGCUAUUAACUAUAUGUCUGGAAUGGGAACCAUAUACUCUUUUUUAAUACCUCCUGCUUCUCUUUAUUUUGUGUGUGUUAGCACAAACAAUCCUGAAGAUAUUGCGCUUGUUUUUGUCAUGCUGUUUGGCAUAGGGCUUGUCUCUCACAGAGCAUCCGCGCACUCUCUUACUCCCGCAGAAAUGGCGCUUUCUCGCAGCCUCCAGUAUAUUUUUGUAACUCCCAUUUUCCUUAUUCUUGUUCUUAAUUUUCUGGACUAG